AUGCAAGCGAGUCAGGAAUUGAGUUUGGAGAGGGGGUAUACGAUUGGCGCGUUGGCGUGUGGUACGAUGGGCACGGCGGUGUUGAGUGCGAUUCUUCGUGGAGUGGGUGAAAUUGGGGAGAGUGAGGGUGGUGGAGAGGAGGAGGGGUUGGUGCUGCCUGGCAAGUUUUAUGCGACCGUUCAUUCGGAGAAAUCGUAUGACCGAUUGGGAAAACAGUUCGGGUCGAAAGUGGAGUUACUGAGAUCGAAUGAGGAGCUGGUGGAGAAAUCAGAUGUGAUUUUGCUCGGAUGUAAACCGUUUAUGGCAGAAAAGAUCUUGUCGGCGAUUCCCGAGUCGGCGUACACGAAAAAGAAGAUCGUGGUCAGUUUAUUAGCAGGCAAAACUAUUUCGUUUCUCAAACAAUUGACUUAUUCUAAAGCAUUAGUAGCUCGUGCAAUGACAAAUACACCCAGUAAAAUCGGGGCUGGAAUGACAGUUGUCUCAGUCGACCCAGCUGAACCUGCAUCUUCGUCCGUUCAAACUUCGGUCGGCUGGAUCUUUAAACAAACAGGUCGAUGUCUUUUCCUCGACGAAAAACACCAGGACGCUGCUACCGCGCUCUGUGGAAGUGGUCCUGCCUUUUUAUAUGUGGUGACUGAAGCUCUGAUUGAAGGAGGUGUGCGAAUGGGACUGCCUUACGCCAUAGCCCAAGAAUGCGCUGCCCAAGUCGUGGCCGGAUCUGGCCAAAUGGUCCUUGAAUCGAACGAGCACCCGGCAGUCCUCAAAUCCCAGGUCUGUACACCCGGUGGAACCACCAUUGGCGGGCUCCUGGUCAUGGAAGACAACCACGUCCGCUCGUCCAUCUCCCGGGCCGUCGAAGAGGCCGCCAACAUCGCCGCCAGUUUCGCCAAAUAA